AUGGACUCUGACGAGGAGUUUUUCUCGGCCUCCUCCGGCGAUGAGCAAGAUUUUCCGAAGAAAGAAGUCACAAAGCCUUCUACCCCACCUCCACAGCCUAAACCUGUCGAAAAACCGAAGGAAGAGCCCAAGAAAACAGCGGAACCUGUGAAAAAAGAGGUCCGGCUUGAGGGAAAACCGAAGGUGGAGCCCAAAAUGAUUGUCGAGUCUGUGCUUAUCGAAGAAAACGUGAAGGUUGAGAUACGAAAAGGUUCAUCUGACGAGUCGGAAGCCUCGAUAACGAUCAACGAAUCGGAGAAGGAGAGCCAAUCCAGCGAGGAUUUUGUGGUGGCCGAUAUUCCGCAGCCCAUCACUUCAUCGGAAUCCGGCGACAGCAAAUCUUCCAGCAGCCGAAGCGCUGAAAAGGAGUGCUCAAAUUCGGCAGAUGAUGAUGCGGAAGCGACGGCGGAUGGUUGGGAGGAUUGGGAUUCCGAAGCUCCAGAAAAAGAGGCCAAAGACGAAAAGAAGGAAGCUAAAAACGGCAGCCAGCGACAAGAAUCCACCGAGGAAGAGGACACGAAUUGGGAUUGGGGCACGGAGGGCUGGAAGGAAGAGAAGCCUUCCGAGCCCGUAAAAGAGGAAAAGAAGGGCCCGCUGAAGCUGGGAAAGCCCGCUGCGGCUAGCGAUCCAAUCGGCUGGGGUGGAUUUGCUAACGUAAUCGGAAAAAGCUUUUCCUCGGCGGUGGAGAGCACCUUUGGACUACCCAGUGCUGAGGAAUUUGCUCAACAAGCGAGCAUAGCUGAUGAGAAAGCUGAAGCCGAAGAACUGGCCGAGAAGGAGAAGCCGCCGAGAAGCGCUUUUGAAGCCUUGGCAGAAGGCCCGAAGCCCGCCCCGGUCCCGGCUUUCGGCCUAUUUUCCGGGCUUGUUACUGGCGGUCUAGACGCGCUGGAAGCUAUCGGAAAGAAGACGUUCGAGACGCUGACCGUUAAGGAUAAGGCCGGUAGAAGCCGUCUUUUCUUCGAUCAAUCAAGCGAGGAACCGCUCUCCGAUUUGUUGAAACGAAUCAAAGACGAGCAAGCCCGCUCCCAGCAGCAAAUACGCGCCGUCGCCGACCGGCCGCUCGACUUUUUCACGGCCAUCGGCGAGACGACAGCGAUGCAGAAUAUUGAGGCCCUCGAGCUGUUGACGGGAGCAAGCGGAAUCCCGACAAAUUCCAAAAGCGUCAACGUCCUCCUCGAGCAAAUCAUCCCCAAAUCCCUGCCGACUGCUACCGAUUUUACGCGCGAAUUCCGGAGAUUUUUGAAGAAUAUCUGCUCCCUCGACCCGUCGCCGAUUUUGAAGAUGCGUGAACGGGCCUCAAAAACGCUAGCUGACGCUAAGGAUUUGGAGCCAAAAGAAGCCUACACAAAAUCGCUAUCAGCUUUGGUGUCGAUUACUGAAGCCUUCGUACAGCUCCUCGCCAAGGUGACGCAACUCCGAUAUUCUGCUGGAGACAAAGUGCCCACCGACGGCUUCAUCCAAUUCUGCUGCGUGCUCAAAGGGGCGCUCGCCGAGUUUGAGAACGUUUCCAGCGAGUUGCCGGCCGGUCAAUACUUUGGCGAAGACGUGGCCACGCGGUAUAUGGUCGAUUGCCAAUCCGCCCAAGAACUCCUCGAGCGCAUCUUCCGACUUUCCGUUACCGUACUCUGUGCA